UAAAGGAGGGUUUUAACUUGGUACAUUCCGAGACUAUAAAAGGCCCACGAGCAGCAGCUCCUCUUCAGUCUCUUCAGAGCUACCGCUGUGAACACACCACUGUCUUUAGACACCCAAGUAAGUUUGACCAAACCCUUUUAGUCACUCAAAUCAUGAACAGAAGAAACGUGUCGUCGUACGACUCGCGUCUACACCCAGAAGACAUGGAUUAUGAGUCAGACAUGGAAAAUUAUAUGUUUGAUGAAAACGUGUUGUCGUACGACUCACGUCUACACCCAGAAGACAUGGAUUAUGAGUCAGACAUGGAAAAUGAUAUGUUUGAUGCAACAGAACAUACAUCCGUCUUUGAUGCUGAGAUAGAGUCACUUCACUAUGAGACUAAAUUACCUGCUGAACUGGAGUUCCCUGGAUCUGAGACGGUCGAUUCUGACUCUGAGACGAUGGUCCCUAGAUCUCAGAUGGUUCAGCGUGAAUUAGCUUGUUUUAAACGCCCAAGAAAGCCACAAAAACCCCUCACUUUUGCUGAACUCAUCGACUUUAGUUGUUAUGGUGAGUACAAAAAGUCAGAUCUACUGUCUACAACUAAAGAGAUGGAGUCUGAGAUGCCAGAACAAACAUCUGUCUUUGAUGCUGAGAAAGAGUCUCUUCCGAUUGAGACUCGUUUAUCUGCUGAACUGGAAAUCUCUGGAUCUGAGACGGUUGUCCGUAGUCCUCAGACGGUUCAGCAGGAAUUAGUUGAUUUUAAAAGCAGGCAAAUUGAUGACCUUUUGAAACAAGUGGAUCAUUUGAAAGAAAAACUGCAGAAUACAGUUUCAAAUACUUGUUUCAAUCAGGAGAAGGAGAAGAGGCUUGCUGCAGAGAACCAGUGUGCGCUUUACAAGGAGCAAACUAAAGAGAUGGAGAACGGUUUGGUUCAGCAGCAACAAAAGCUGGUGGCUUUAGAAAAGCAGUUACAGGAGCAGAAAAACGUGAAUGAGGACUUACAAGAAAUCCGCUCAGAUCUAAAAGGUGAGACAGACGAGUCCCGUUUUUCUGGAGUCUCGAGAGACGUUCUGAUCGAGAACUUUGAAAAACUGGAGGAACGACAUUUGGACUUAGAAGCGAUGUUAAGCAGAGAAAAAGAUGAGAAAAUCAGCGUAGAACAGAAGUUUCUUGACAAGCUGGAGAAUUUAAAGGAGCAGCUUUCAGAAAAGAACAUUUUCAUCGAAAGUCUGCAAACAGAUUUAGAUCAAGAACGUCAGUUCAGACUUAGUGUCCAGGAGCAGAAGAACGCCCAGCAUAAAGUCACUGUUAACGAGAACUAUAAGAAGGAAAUGAAAGAUCUUCAGAAAAGGAACGGUGACCUCUCUGAGUUGCUGAACAACAUUAAAACGGAUCUGAAGAACAGAGACAUGAAACUUCUGGAAGAACGAAAUAAUUUUAAACAUCAGCUCAAACAGAAGAAGCUAAUCUGCGAAGAUUUAGAGAAACGUUUGAACAAAGAAAACGAGCUCCGCCUGACCUGUGAGGAACAACUCAAAAAAACUAAAGAUCAAAUGAGUUCAAUGAACGGAAAUCUCAAGAAGGAGAUCAACGACCUGAAACAGAAGAACUUGGAGCUCAGUCAGACGCUGAGAAGUGGUCAGGCUGUAGAAACUAAAUCAGAACAGAUGUGUGAGGAUCUGCAGAAGUUUAAGCAGCUGCUCCAUGAAAAAAUGUCCGUCUGUGAAGAACUUAGCAGCAGUCUGGACAUAGAGAAGCAGCUCAGAGUUAGCUACGAGGCUCAGCUGGACUCUAACAGGACGAUAGCCUGUGAGAACUCAGAUCUUAAAGAGCAGAUCAAAGAUCUGACUCAGAGCAACUCUGAACUCAGAGUGGUCGUGGAUCAUUUGAAAGAAAAACUGCAGAAUACAAAUACUUGUUUCAAUCAGGAGAAGGAGAAGAGGCUUGCUGCGGAGAACCAGUGUGCGCUUUACAAGGAGCAAACUAAAGAGAUGGAGAACGGUUUGGUUCAGCAGCAACAAAAGCUGGUGGCUUUAGAAAAGCAGUUACAGGAGCAGAAAAACGUGAAUGAAGACUUACAAGAAAUCUGCUCAGAUCUAAAAGGUGAGACAGACGAGUCCCGUUUUUCUGGAGUCUCGAGAGACGUUCUGAUCGAGAACUUUGAAAAACUGGAGGAACGACAUUUGGACUUAGAAGCGAUGUUAAGCAGAGAAAAAGAUGAGAAAAUCAGCGUAGAACAGAAGUUUCUUGACAAGCUGGAGAAUUUAAAGGAGCAGCUUUCAGAAAAGAACGUUUUCAUCGAAAAUCUGCAAACAGAUUUAGAUCAAGAACGUCAGUUCAGACUCGUUAGUGUCCAGGAGCAGAAGAACGCCCAGCAUAAAGUCACUGUUAACGAGAACUAUAAGAAGGAGAUCAAAGAUCUUAAGAAAAGAACCGGUGACCUCUCUGAGUUGCUGAACAACAUUAAAACGGAUCUGAAAUACAGAGAGAGAAUACUUCUGGAAGAGCGAAGUGAUUUUAAACAUCAGCUCAAACAGAAGGAUCUAAUCUGCGAAGAUUUAGAGAAACGUUUGAACAAAGAAAACGAGCUCCGUCUGACCUGUGAGGAAGAACUCAAAAAAACUAAAGAUCAAAUGAGUUCAGUGAUCGCAAAUCUCAAGAAGGAGAUCAACGACCUGAAACAGAAGAACUUAGAGCUCAGUCAGACGCUGAGAAGUGGUCAGGCUGUAGAAACUAAAUCAGAACAGAUGUGUGAAGAUCUGCAGAAGUUUAAGCAGCUGCUCCAUGAAAAAAUGUCCGUCUGUGAAGAACUUAGCAGCAGUCUGGACAUGGAGAAGCAGCUCAGAGUUAGCUACGAGGCUCAGCUGGACUCUAACAGGGCGAUAGCCUGUGAGAACUCAGAUCUUAAAGAGCAGAUCAAAGAUCUGACUCAGAGCAACUCAGAACUCAGACUGGUCGUGGAAAACCUGACCGCUGAGAACGCUGCUUCUCACAAGGAGUUGGCUGAACAGCUGGAGAGUGUCAAACAUCAACUCCAAGAUAAAACUGUCGUCUGUGAAAACCUGGAAACAGGUUUCACCAACGAACAGAAGCUCAGACUCCAGCUGUACCAGCAACUCCAGGAAACAUCUGGCCUGUGUGAGAGCCUGGAAAACCAGCUUAGAGACGAGCAGAAGAUCAGACUUGGUUUGGAGACUGAGCUCGCCCAAAACAGAGACGUGGUCAGUGCAGGUCAUGAUGAUUUGAUGGCCAAACUGGAACAGAUGGAGGAAAAAGAAACAAAACUAUCUAAAGUCAUCAUUAACCUCCAGUUAGAUCUGUUUAAAAGAAAAAAGCAGCACGAGGAAGAGUUGGGAAUCCUGAAGGAACAAGUCUCUAAACUCGAGUCACUGACUACAAAUCUGGAAAGUCAAAAUCAGAUCUUAAGACAAAAGACUGAAUGUUUUAACCCAGAUCAGCAAACCGAAGCGAUCAGUGAGCAGAACGUGGACGCUGCAGAAGGAAACAAGAGUCUUCCUGCUGAAAACGACUCUUUAGCAGAAAGCCUCAAGUCCCAGAGAGACGCUCCACACUCAGACACAAAAAAACUGGAUAAAGUUUCUGUGUGGAGGCGUUUCAAGAAAUCUGUAACACCGGGAUGUCUCCGUCAGCACAAAAACAGACAACCUAGCAACUAACCUCCCUCCUAACUAAUCAGAAAAGGCUAAUUAGAAGACAUCCCAUCGGGCAGCACUGUCCAGGAUGAAUCUGAGGA